UUCAUCUGCUGUCAGCCUUGCUCUGAUCCGGAGAACACCAUGAGCCAGCCAGCCGGUGGCGCUGCUGCAUCCAAUCUGACUGCGGCUGAGCCUCGCCUGCAUCCUGAGGGAAGCAGCACUGUCGGGAAACAACAGCGGGCUUCGUCACCAGCCAGACCCAGGGACAUUACCGGCAAACCGGGAGGUACUGCCAGUGCCAGGUCCCCCACCUUAUCUAAGAAGCAAGUGGUGAAGCCUGGCCGCUCUCUCAACCACAACAUCAGCAGCAAAGGAGACAAGCAUCAAGGAGCUGUCCAGGCUAGCGGUGGUGCUGAAAUCUCAACAUCCAGGGCGGAGGCCGCUUGCGGGGGGAAAUCAUUACCUGGGGAGCUGGAGGGCUACCGCGGGAACCCCUCCGACCUCUCACCUGCGAAAACGGAGCCUGCCAGGGUGGCCACCCCUGAGCAAACAGGGGAGGGAUCCCCAAAGGCCACUAAGGCUAAAGGGAAAACCUCUAAGGGAGGGGAUGGGGUACAGUCUUCCCAAGCACCCUCCGCUGCUGCAGUGGGCAAAAGCCCGAAAAAACAAACUAGUGGAGGGGGGUAUUGGAAGGAGGGCUGUCUGCAGUCUGAGCUCAUGCAGUUUCAUUUAAAGAAGGGCCUGGCAGUUGCAGGACAAGCUAAAAGCAAUGGGUCUAAGGCCAGCGAGGCCGAAACCCAGGCCCAAUAUGCUCAAGAGCAAGCUGAAGAUGAUGAAUGCAACCCCGGUGGUGCAAUGGGUUUUCAAGAUAUGCGAGAUGAAUUGGAGAAAUUGAGAGAUGAGAAUGAUUUCCUGAAGACUGAGAUAGAAGAGAUGAGAACAGAGAUGGACGAGAUGAGAGACACCUUCUUUGAGGAAGAUGCCUGUCAGCUGCAGGAAAUGCGCCACGAGCUGGAAAGAGCCAACAAGAACUGCAGGAUCCUGCAAUACCGCCUCCGGAAAGCUGAGCGCAAGAAACUCCGCUAUGCCCAGACAGGGGAGAUUGAUGGGGAGUUACUGCGUAGCCUGGAGCAGGAUCUCAAGGUAGCCAAAGAUGUAUCUGUAAGACUUCAUCAUGAACUAGAAAAUGUAGAAGAAAAGCGCACCAAAACUGAGGAGGAAAAUGAGACUCUUCGUCAGCAACUCAUUGAAGUAGAUAUAACCAAGCAGGCGUUACAGGGGGAAUUGGAAAAACUGAAAGAGUUGUCACUCAAAAGAAGAGGAAGUAAAGAUGCACCAAAAAUAGAGAAGAAGUCUCAACAGACUCCAACAGAGGAGGACAGUGAAGAUUUGAAGUGUCAGUUGCAAUUUGUCAAAGAAGAAGCAACAUUAAUGAGAAAGAAAAUGGCCAAAAUUGACAAGGACAAAGACAGGCUUGACCAUGAGCUACAGAAAUACAAAUCACAUUAUGGAGAUCUUGAUAGUCCUUUGCCAAAAGGAGAAGCCAGUGGACCUCCUACAACGAGAGAAGCUGAACUUAAACUCCGACUUCGAUUAGUGGAAGAAGAAGCUAAUAUACUUGGCAGAAAAAUAGUGGAACUAGAAGUAGAAAAUAGGGGUCUGAAAGCAGAACUGGAUGAUCUCAGAGGAGAUGAUUACUCUGGAACUUCAGAUUCACUUGUGAGGGAGCAAAGUGAGUCAGUCUCUGAGUUAAGACAACACCUUCAGCUAGUAGAAGAUGAGGCUGAACUUUUGAGACGGAAUCUUGCUGACCUAGAAGAGCAAAACAAACGAAUCAAUGCUGAGAUGAACAAGUACAAAUUUAAAUCUGGAACCCAUGAAACCAAUCGACACAAUGACAACAUCAAAAUGGAAGCACUACAGGAAGAAUUAAAAAAUGCACGCUUGCAAAUUAAUGAAUUGAGUGGAAAAGUGAUGCAACUCCAAUAUGAGAACAGAGUACUGAUGUCCAAUAUGCAACGGUAUGAUCUUGCUUCUCACUUAGGCAUCCGAGGGAGUCCUAGGGACAGCGAUGCUGAGAGCGAUGCAGGAAAGAAAGAAAGUGAUGAUGAUUCCCGCCCUCCUCAUAGGAAACGUGAAGGGCCAGUUGGUGGUGAAAGUGAUUCAGAGGAAGUCCGCAAUAUUCGCUGCCUCACUCCUACCAGAUCUUUUUAUCCUCCAACAAGUGUGUGGCAAAAGAACUUUGCUGAGAGGCAGCAGGUUAAAGACAUCCGCUCUGAAGCCGAGCGCCUAGGCAAGACAAUUGACCGUUUAAUUUCAGACACAAGCACCAUCAUCACAGAAGCCAGGAUUUAUGUAGCAAAUGGAGAUCUCUUUGGACUGAUGGAUGAGGAGGAUGAUGGUAGUAGGAUAAGAGAACAUGAGCUUCUUUAUAGGAUCAAUGCUCAAAUGAAGGCUUUCAGGAAAGAGCUACAAACAUUCAUUGACCGGCUAGAGAUCCCAAAAUCCUCAGAAGACAGAGGUGCAGAUGAUCCUCUCUCUGUUAGCCAGAUGUUCCAGCCUAUCAUUUUACUUAUCCUCAUCCUAGUAUUAUUUUCUUCCCUUUCCUACACCACUAUAUUUAAGCUUGUCUUCCUCUUCACUCUAUUUUUUGUCUUGUAA